GGCUGGAGUAUUUGCGUCACUACGCUACAUCGCGCGCACUCCAGCCCACCAUCUGGAGCUCGUGCGUGGAUGAUAAGGUGGUCUCACUCAAUCUAAAGUGCACCGCUGUCCGUGGCUCUGUGACCGGGAAACGGUGGAAACGACACGGACAUUUCGUGUGACUUGCCAUGACUGCUGAUGCAGACCGGGAUUCAGCAGGCAGGCAGAGUCACAUUCAUAACCAGCAGCUCCAGCCGUCCCGAGAUCAUCGUCCAUCAAGUAUUGCACGAGCAAUAGGUGGAGACGCAAGUUGGGCCACACGGGCACAGCUCUAGAGUGGUGAAGUGGACCGGAUAUCCCAGAAGUCUUUAAGCAAGCGUUCCUGGAUCACACCAGUUAAACACCAUGGAGUGCAAAAUCACGCUGUUGGAUGGCACUGACUACACCUGCACUGUGGAGAAGAAAGCCAAAGGCCAGGUCCUGUUUGAUAAAGUAUGUGACCACCUCAACCUUAUGGAGAAGGACUACUUUGGGCUCACGUACCGUGACGCAGAACAUCAGAAGAACUGGCUGGACCCUUUGAAAGAACUGAAGAAACAAAUUAGAACUGGUCCCUGGAACUUUGGGUUUAAUGUGAAGUUUUAUCCUCCUGAUCCAUCUCAUCUGAGUGAAGAUAUCACCCGGUUCUACCUUUGCCUUCAGCUGAGAGAUGAUGUCGUGUCAGGCCGUUUGCCAUGCUCCUUUGCCACUCACACUCUCCUGGGUUCAUACAUCGCCCAGUCUGAGCUGGGAGACUACGACCCUGUUGAGCUGGGCAGUGAUUACCUCAGCGACCUCCGCUUUGCUCCCAACCAGACCAAAGAGUUGGAGGAAAAGGUCAUUGACCUUCAUCGCAGCCACAAAGGAAUGACUCCAGCUGAGGCAGAGAUGCAUUUUCUGGAAAAUGCCAAGAAGCUUUCCAUGUAUGGAGUAGAUCUGCAUCAUGCUAAGGAUUCGGAGGGAGUGGAGAUUAUGUUAGGAGUGUGUAGCAGCGGCCUUCUUGUUUACAGAGACCGACUGCGCAUAAAUCGAUUUGCCUGGCCCAAAAUCCUCAAGAUAUCCUACAAGCGAAACAGCUUUUAUGUCAAGAUACGCCCUGGAGAGUUCGAGCAGUUUGAGAGCACCAUUGGUUUUAAACUUCCAAAUCACAAAGCAGCAAAGAGAUUGUGGAAAGUGUGCGUAGAACAUCACACGUUUUUCAGAUUGGUGGCUCCCGAACCUCCUGCCAAGAAAUUCCUGUCACUGGGCUCCAAGUUCCGCUACAGUGGUAGAACGCAAACACAGGCCCGACGUGCCAGCCAGCAGAUCUCUCGGUCUGCACCCCAGUUUCAACGCUCCUCCAGCAAACGGCUCACCACCACUCGCAGUCUAGAUAUAGCACCAGCCAUGGCCAACAAUGACAAUUUGAUGGAAGACUCUAAACCAGCCUUUGCCACAGGGACCCUCAUCACCACGGUAACGCCAGAGAAAAAGGCGGAGGAAGAAAACGCAGUUGAAGAUGAAAGCACUCCUGCUUCAGAGGCAUCUGAGGAAGCCCCUCCUGCUCCUGUUUCCAAGUGCUCUCCUCUUGCCUCUGAACACACCCUCCUUUCCUCACCACUCUCCUCCACUAAAAUGCGGAGGAGGAAACGCAGACGGAGCAGUUCUGAGCACGCAGCCUCAGGAAGCCCAGCGAAGGGCAAGCAGAUUUCAGACCAGAACCGGCCCAAAGGGGGAACGCUUUUCUCCUUCUCCCUGCACCUCCCAGACCUGUCGUCUCUCCUGGACGAAGAUGGCUACCUGAGUUUCCCUGACCUGUCCGAGAUGAACUUCCUGCCUGAGACCUUCCAACACUUCCUGCCCAUCAAAUCACCAUCUCUCGUGCCCUGCUUCCUUUUCAUCUUCUUCUUUCUGUUGUCUACCUCUUUCUCUGUACCGUAUGCACUUACGCUCUCUUUCCCGCUGGCACUGUGCCUCUGCUAUCUGGAGCCCAAGACCGCGUCACUCACCACCUCCUUUACCAACAGCUUUCAGGACAGUUCAGAUGACGAGACAGACAGCGAGCAAACCGACGAGACAACAGCGACCGAGUCUGAGCCAGAGGAUGAAUCAGAACUGAUGACCCAGACUGCAGAAGAUGCCAAAUCUCAACCUCCUCAUGACAUUUCGGAAGAAAAACCAGAGCCUGCGGAGGCUAACUCUGCUGAGAGCUCAGAAGACCAACAGGACAAUACGGAGGUAGAGCAAGAGGAAGCAGAAGUUAUGAAGUCAGAGGUGUCCGAGAAGCCGGUGCAACCGGUGACCACUGAGGUGCCCAUUGUUCAUACUGAAACCAAAACCAUCACAUACGAGUCUGCUGAGGUGGAUGCAAAUGGUGACACAGAACCUGGAGUUCUGAUGAGCGCUCAGACCAUCACCUCUGAGAACAACAGCACCACGACCACCACGCAAAUAACAAAGACGGUGAAGGGAGGCAUCUCAGAGACACGGAUCGAGAAGAGAAUCGUCAUCUCUGGGGACGCCAACAUCGAUCAUGACCAGGCUCUGGCUCAGGCCAUAAAAGAGAUCAAAGAGCAGCAUCCAGACAUGUCUGUCACCAAAGUAGUGGUUCAUAAAGAGACGGAGAUCUCGCCUAGCGAAGGUGACCAGUGAUGCAGGAGUAAACACCAGUUUGACUGAGGACAGUGCCAUUUUUUUCCCCACUCCUUGGACCUGUGGACUCGCAGCUUCUGUGACCUUUGAUCUCGGAUCCAGACAGCUUAGUGGAUGUGCUGGGACAGUGGAGAAGCGAUGAUUCACACACACACACACACACACACACACACACACAAAGUCAGCCCUACACUCCAACAUUUCCAAAAGCUCAGCUUUUUAUUGGAAUGAUCAUUUUACUGUUAACAGCAAUAAUCCCAGGACGCCAUGGACAAACGAAAGCUCCAGAAUGGGGGAGAAUAUCCUCAAAAAACAUUUGUGCAACUGCCUUAAAAACGAUUGUUUUAAUUUAUGCACCUUCAUUUUAUUUAUAGCUGACACUUAAAUCAUCGUGCCAACGACAGAGCUAUAAAUCCAUACUCCAGUGUUCCAAGGAGAUAUCGCAUUAGAGCCAGGUUUGCUGACACAAACUAAAUUUCUUCCAAGUGUCUAAAAUGUUUUUACUGAAUUCUGACUGGCAGAUCAGAUUAGCAUGGAGACUUGGAUUUAUGUGUACAUGGAGAAACCAGCUCACAGGCCAGGACUUAAAGGUAUUGGGUUAAAGUUAAGUCUUGUAUAUACAUUAUAUAAGCUUAUUAUCUACAAUAACAUGAAUUCUCUGUAGUACAUUGUUUGUUCAUUAAAAAUGAUUUUAGCAUUACAAGUCCUAAAAACUAUACCACUAUAAAAAGGGCUGCUUUUGGUUUACUUGGAAACUCAUUAAAUCUGAUCUUUGACCUUUUUUUAUCUCACUGUUGCUCUGGAGAAGUUACAAAUGGUAUGUCUUCAAAUUUUAAAUAUGGGGUAGGAAAGACCUAUGGGGCUUUUUUUUAUAAAAAUGUUGAUCCCAGCAGAGUUAUUUCAUGCUCCUCUGGUGACCUGAACCUGAGUUCCUCAGAAUCCUCUCGCCAUUUUCUCCAUUCUAAACACAACAAAAAUUUAAAACCAUUUGGAUGUGAUUUUAUUUUGGUUUAAUUUUUUUAAUUAAAUAUUAUUAAAAUCAACUGUUUCCAUUCCGUUUAUUUAGCCACAUUAGUUACCCAAAUUAAAAUAGACCGUUUUAUACAAUGAUGGUUCCCAAAAUGUUCGACAAAACUGUUUGGCACAGAAAUAUGUGCUUGUGCUUUUAAUCUCAUUAAACACAGACAAAUUGUGAACAGAAAAACUGGAAUCACCCCCAAGCCCAAAGAGGAGUUUCCCUGGAAAAACAGCCCUACAAAGCCCGCAUUCACAUUUUGGUGAAAUUACUUCAGGAUAUAAUGACGACAGAGCAUGCUGUGAAAAUAAUCAGUAGCAGGGUGUUUUAUUCCUUUUAUACCACAGCAAUCUGCUAAUAAUUAUCAUUCAUUCCUUAAUAAACACACAUUCUACCUGA